AUGAAGAACACGGUGACAUUCAAUGAAGAAAACAACAAUGUAUGCGUGGCAAGACAAAGUACCUGGGAGACGGAGGUUGUAGUUCGAUGCAGAUUUCACCAACGAUUGCUGCUAGUCGAGGAAAUGUUGAAAAGCUACUUGACAGUGGAAUAUAGACAGAAAGUGUUCAAAGAACGGUUCGAGGUGUGA